AUGUCCAAUUUCAUAAACCAAUUAGAUCAGGAGCUAACAAUGGCCCAUUCAACCAUCAUUGCCAUCAAUGAAAGCCUCCUGACUUUGGACACGGCGAUGCAAACCGCAGCGCGGGGCCCUGAAACAGCCUUGAAGCCAGUUCGCGAGACAACGACGUAUGCUAUCAACUUGAUUCAAAGCUUGUAUCCGUUGAUCAUGAGCAUGAAAACUUCUCUGCAAAUACUCAGACAAGCUGGAUACUAA